AUGAGGAGGAUGAAGCAGCGCGUGCUGCUCGCCUGGCCAUGGUUGUGGCUGUGGCUGUUCGCGGCCACAGCGGGUUCCCCGUCUUCCGACACUUUCGCGUCGACCACGUUCUCCUCGUCAGCAAGCAGCAGCAGUAGCAGCGGUAUCAGCAGCAGCCUGAGUUUCACUAACUCAGUGACAAGAUCGUUCUCCCCAACGAUCCCGACGUCCACGUCUGCCUCUUUCACCGAGGACUUUGCAUUCCCUCCCGAUCAAGAGUUCCGUUUCACUCAACCGUUGUACAAUGUCUCGAUCCCGGAGAACUCGAUCGGGAAGACGUACGUGGUCCCGGAAGAGAGGAUGGGUAUAAAGCUCGCGUCGCCCGACACGAACUUCGACAUACGUUUCCGUAUAACGAGCGGCGAUCGCGACAAAUUCUUCAAGGCGGAAGAACGAACGGUCGGUGACUUUUGUUUUCUGUUGAUUCGGACUCGAACCGGUAACGUGGACGUGUUGAAUCGCGAGAGGAAGGACCGUUACGUGUUAGAGGUGCGCGCCAGCUUGGCGAAAGGCGACGGAAAGAAUCGUGUGACGAUACUCGAAGCGGACGCCACCGUGGUGGUGACGAUCUUGGACACGAACGAUCUGAACCCGCUGUUCUAUCCGACCGAGUACGAGGCGACCAUCACGGAGGACACGCCGCUGCACCGCAAUAUACUCAGGGUAAUAGCCGAGGACGCCGAUCUCGGCAGGAAUGGCGAGAUUUAUUACAGCUUCGCCGAGGAGACCGAUCAGUUCGCCGUUCACCCGGUCAGUGGGGUAAUAACGCUCACCAGGCCGCUCAGAUACUCAGAGAAAGCGAUCCACGAGCUGGUGGUGCUAGCUAAGGACCGCGGCGCGCUGUUCCGCAGCGGAGGCAGCAACAGAGCCAGCACAGCGAAAGUAACGAUAAAAGUGCGGCAGGUGAACCUUCACGCUCCCGAAAUCUACGUGCAUCACUUGCCGGACAUCGUGGAACACUCGAACGCGGACAUCUACGCGAUCGUUCGCGUGGUCGACAACGACGAGGGUGUUCACGGCGAGAUCGCGAGCCUGGACAUCGUGGGCGGUGAUCCAGCCGGUCACUUCAGGGUGCGGCCAGCUGGCGGGCCGCACUCUGGCGAAUACAACAUCGAGGUGUUGCACCUGCUCGACCGGGAGACAGCCGUGCAAGGCUACAAUUUGACGCUGCGCGCGAUGGACCGGGGCGUGCCUCAGCGUUUCAGCUACAAAUUCGUGCCCGUCCAUCUGGCCGAUUUGAACGACAACGCGCCUGUGUUCAGCCGCGAGAUCUACGACGUGAAAGUACCGGAGACCGCUCCCAUCAACACGCCGGUCAUACGUUUGAAAGUGACCGACGCGGACGAAGGUAGGAACGCUUUGGUGUUCCUGGAGAUCGUGGGUGGCAACGAGGGCGGAGAAUUCUACGUGAACGCGGAGACAGGCAUGUUGUACACCGCGGUGAACCUGGACGCGGAGAAGAAGGCGUUCUACACGUUGACGAUAUCGGCGGUGGACCAGGGGAACGCCGGCACGAGGAAACAGUCGUCGGCGAAGGUGAAGAUCAACGUGGUAGACACGAACGACAACGAUCCGACGUUCGAGCAGUCCGAGAUGGAGGUGUGGAUCGACGAGAACGAGCCGGCUGGAAGCGCGGUCGUGAAGAUCACCGCGAAGGACCGUGACUCCGGCGAGAACGCCUACAUCUCGUACAGCAUCGACAAUAUCCAAAAGGUGCCGUUCGAGAUCGACCAUUUCUCCGGUAUCGUGAAGACCAAGCAGGUGCUCGACUACGAGACCAUGAAGAGGGAGUAUCUGUUGCAUGUAAGAGUCAGCGACUGGGGUCUGCCGUACAGGAGACAAGCUGAGAUGCAAUUGCACGUGAAGGUUCGCGACGUGAACGACAACCGGCCGCAAUUCGAGAGGAUAGAAUGCACCGGCCACGUGCCCAGGUACGUGCCCAUAAGCUCGGAGAUCAUCACGGUGUCAGCGAUCGAUUUCGACGCCGGUAACAUCAUCAGUUAUCGCAUCGUCUCUGGGAACGAGGACGGUUGCUUCGCGCUGGACUCCGCCAGCGGUGUACUGUCCGUAGCUUGCGAUCUUUCCGACAUCAAAGUCACCGAGAGAGUAGUGAACGUCACCGCUACGGAUGGCUCGCACUUCGCGGACGUCAACCCUGUACACAUGCACCUGGUGAACGCUAAGAGGAACCUAGGAUCGCAGGGAAGAAUAAUAUCAGAUCAGAGCGGAGCGUUCGAGUGCAAAGACACCGGCGUCGCUCGAAGGAUAACCGAAGCUAUUGCUCUCGCGGAGAGGAACAACAUGCCGUCGAAAGACGACGAGUACACUCUCACUCCGAGUAGAUACGGGGAGAACGUGCACGCACCCGAAUACAUCGACUUCCCCAGUGAGAUCAAGGCGAACGAAUCCGUGAAGAUAGGAACGACGCUGGUCAGGAUACGAGCUAGAGACAGGGACUUGGAUUACAACGGGAAACUGGUCUUCUGUAUUUCCAGCGGUGACAGGGACUCUGUGUUCGGUAUAGAUCCGGACACGGGUGACUUGAACGUGAUAGGCUACCUGGACAGGGAACGAGAGAGUCAAUAUUUCCUGAAUAUCAGCGUGUACGACCUGGGCAAGCCUCAGAAGAGCGCCUCGAAGAUGUUGCCGGUUACGAUUCUCGACGUGAACGACAACGCGCCGAAAUUCGAGAAAUCCCUGGCGAGCUUCCGGAUCUCGGAGACCGCGUUGAACGGAACGAACGUGUGGCGGGCGAACGCGACUGACGCGGAUCUCGGCGAGAACGCGCGUGUCACUUAUUCCCUGGUGACCGAGACGAACGAUUUCCGCGUGGACCCGGUGACUGGCGUGCUGAGCGUUUUCGGCAGAUUGGACAGGGAGCGACAGGAGAUCUACGAGUUGAGAAUACGCGCGCAGGAUAACGGCGGCAAAGGCACAGACACGCCUCCGUUGUACUCAGACGCUUUGGUUCGCGUCACCGUGGACGACGUGAACGACAAUGCUCCUACGUUCGCCUUACCCAGUUACACGGUGAAGAUUCGCGAGGACGUGCCGGUUUGGACCGUUGUCGCGGUCGUGGACGCCAUCGACCCUGACGAAGGCGCCGGAGGUGACAUCGAGUACUUCCUGUCCGACGCUAUGGAGAGCGAAGGUUACUUUAAGGUGGACAAAGUAUCAGGUACGAUCAGGACCACGCAGAAUUUGGACUUCGAGGAACGUCAGGUGCAUACGUUGACGAUAGUGGCUAAAGACAGGGGUGAACCGUCUUUGUCCUCUGAAACGAUGGUUAUCAUAGACGUGGUCGACGUGAACGAGAAUCUUCACGCGCCUGUGUUCGACGAUUUUGUCGUGUCCGCGAAUGUGUUCGAGAAUCAACCGAUCGGGACUUUGGUGACUACUGUGCACGCUAAGGAUGCUGAUCCGCUGGGAAGUGACUCGAGGAUUGGAUACACCAUUAGAGGAGGAGACGGCAUCGGGAUCUUCUCCAUCGAUAACGAAGGUGAGUACACUUUGAUUAUUUUAUUUUUACACGGUUAUUGA